AUGUCAACUGGAGGCCCCUUGCCCAAGGACUUCAAUGCCGACGAUGCGGGCAACAUGGAGGAUAUGGAGAAGCAGUUUGCCGUCAAAGUUGUGCAGCACAUGGCAACAUACUGGGCCAUUCUCGAAAAGGUCAAGGGCUCGACUCUGCGGCUGACCAAGAUCGACGACGAGAUCUACGAGCACCUCAAGGAGGCCUUCCCCGAGUUCGACCCCGCGGCCACGAUCGACGAGGACCAGAUGAAGAGCAAGACGGGCAAGGAGAGGUGGCGCGCCUUCAUGAUGAAGUACGAGAAGAAGGUGGACGACUACAACUUUGGCACCAUGGUGCGGAACAAUGCCAAGGCGGAAUAUGAGCAGGACACAACAAUUUUUGUCCCAAGAAUGCAGUUUUAUGCCAUUGAGAUUGCCCGUAGAAACCGAAACGGCCUCAACGACUGGAUAAACGAAAAGGCUCUGGAAGAGAAGAAUAGCUCCAAAUAA